UUAGUCGCUAAUCCUUUCUUGAUCAUCUCUUUAUAUUCACUCAAAAAAAUGGGUAAGUUGGUAAAGAGGCUAUUCGGCCCUUUGUUUUCUGCCUUUGCUUAUUACUAUCAAGAUCAUCAUCACACUGCUCAUUUCCAAGCCAUGCCUAAGGCUCGCCCUAUCUCUCUUCAGACAGUGGAGCUCAAAGUUAGGAUGUGUUGCAAUGGAUGCGAAAGAGUAGUCAAAGAGGCCAUUCACAAACUCCGAGGGGUGGACUCGGUCGAGGUGGAGUUGGAGAUGGAGAAGGUGACGGUGUUGGGAUACGUUGACCGGAAUAAGGUGUUGAAGGCCGUGCGGAGGGCGGGGAAGAGGGCGGAGUUUUGGCCGUACCCUAACCCACCACUCUACUUCACAACGGCCAACCAAUAUUUCAAGGACACUACGGUCGAGUACAAAGAGAGCUACAACUAUUGGCGCCACGGCUACAAUAUGCCCGACCGCCACGGCUCGCUGCCCGUCACCCAACGCGGUGACGACAAAGUCAGCAACUUCUUCAACGACGACAAUGUUAAUGCAUGCCACAUUAUGUAGAUUUGGAGAGAUUUGAGAUUCAAUCUUCAUUGCUCUUUCACUCAUUUUUAAAAGAAAACAAGGAGUAUAAGAAUUUCUCAUCA